AUGUCUGAGCCUGAAACUGUGGAAGAUUUCUUUGGUGUUUAUUUAUUAUAUUGUAUUAACCCAAAAUAUAAAGGUAGGACGUAUAUUGGAUAUACUAGAGAUCCGAACAGGAGAAUUAUGCAACAUAACCGAGGAACGUGGGCUGGAGGAGCCCAUCGUACUAGUAAAAAAGGCCCUUGGAAAAUGGUGAUGAUCGUGCACGGGUUUCCAAACAACAUAUCGGCUUUACGAUUCGAAUGGGCAUGGCAGAAUCCGAAUAAAACGACCAGACUCCAACAUUUGGAUCUCAAAAAAAUUCCAAGAAAGGAAACGGAAUUUCAGUUUAAAAUUCGAGUCCUGUCGGAAAUGUUACGGGUGGGUCCCUGGUGUCGACUUCCUUUAGUGAUACGAUGGCUCCAAAAGGAUUUCUACCAAGAAUUCUCCCCGGAAAGAAAACCACCAUCACACAUGAUUUUUACGGACGGGCCCGUUAAAGUAAAAAAUCUUAAAAAAGUUGACAACGAUAUGGCAACUACGAAUUUUAUCGAAUGUUUGCUCUGUUCAGAUUAUUUAAAUUCUAAAGACAAAUUGACCUGUUUGAAUACAAAUUGCGAACUGGUGACACACAUAACUUGUUUGGCUGAUUUGUUUUUGACGCCUGGCGAGUUUGUGCCUAUAGAGGGCAAGUGCCCGUUUUGCGAUACAAAGCUGCUGUGGGGCGACUUAAUUAGAAAAAUGAAGGGAUGCUAUCAAGCUGCGGAGAACUGUUUAAUUGUUGAUAACGAUGGAGACGAUGAUGUAGUGUGUUCACAGGAUAGGAAAUUUGUGGACAACGAAUCUUGGUUUCUUGAUUGCAAUGAUGAUUUAUGA